AUGAAUCCUUCUGUUCAACCGAAGAAAGUCUGGCGUAACGUCGCCAUCAUCGCCUAUAUCGUAUUGGCAGAACCUCUUGCUUCUACGUCCCUUCUGCCCUUCGUCUACUUUAUGGUGCGUGACUUUGGCUAUGAGGAUCACCAAGUAGGCCUUCGGGCAGGGAUUAUUACAUCUGCAUUCUUCGUCGCCCAGAUGAUUGCCACACCCGGCUGGUGUCUGCUGUCCAACCGGCUAGGACGACGACCAGUCCUUAUAACUGGACUACUUGGCAGCGGUCUUAGUUUGAUACUGUUUGGGCGGUCCCAAUCGUUCAUCGAGGCGGCAAUAACGCGCAGUUUGGGUGGUCUAUUAAAUGGAAAUCUGCCCAUCUGCCGUACCUAUAUCGGCGAGUUGGCAACACAAACCCAGUCAGAUUUGUCCAAACUAUUCAGUGUUUUUGGUUUUGCACUCUCGAUGGGCUUCAUGGUGGGACCGCUUUUGGGCGGAGCAUUUGCCGAUCCAGCAAAUAAUCUAGGCUUUGCUGGACCGGUGGAUAUUUUCGCUGCGUAUCCAUGGUUACUGCCUUGCCUUCUCAGCGCUGCUGUCAACCUAGGCGCGUGUUUCGCGGCAUAUUUUGCCCUCGAUGAAACCCAUACGUUUGAUACUCCUUCAACGGAGGAGCAUAGUCCAAAUGAAGUUGAUUCGCUACUUCCUCAAAAUUCCGUGACGGACAGUAAUAUCCUGUCCAAAUCAACAUCAGAGUCUCGGUGGAAACAAGCAGCGGCUUUGCUCAGUUCAGCGUGUUUCUUCACCCAUGUCAUUCUUUUCGACGAGCUAUUCUCAGUAUAUGCCGCAUCCAGUUUAUCUAAAGGCACCGGGUUAUCAUUCCAGCCCCGACAGAUUGCGAGCGUUCUGACUAUUGCUGGACCAUCGAUGGGUCUGGCACUGCUCCUAUUCCCACGGCUACAGCGGCAAAUACGACUACCAAUAAUCUACCAGAUAACAUCUGUUAUAUUCGUGCUAAUUUAUCCUUUGUUCUCGCUACUUCCUGGGCUAGCAAAUCGUGAUGAUUCUACCGCGGAGGCCGGAUCAGUUCUCUGGACCACACUUCUCACCCUGGUAUCUGUGCGAUAUGCGGUGCUUGCAGUCAGUUUAACGAGCUUGCAAAUAAUAUGCAAUAGCCUCGUCCCUCCGCAAGAACUGGCCCUCUUCAAUGGCUUGGGUCAAUCUGUAGGCUCCCUUUCUCGCGCCGUAGGGCCCUCGUUGGGCGGUGCAACUUGGUCCUGGAGUCUUUCUAACGGACUGUCAGCGCCCUUUGAUUAUCAUGCUAGUUUUUGGUUGCUGGCCCUUCUCGGGCUCGGUCAAGGUAUGGCCACUAUCAGCCUGUUCAAACGAGAACGCUUAGUUGAAUAA